AAACUGGCGUUCAUCCGUUAACUUUCUUCACCUGCUCAGAUGAGACUUGACUCUGCUUGUGGAAGGACGAAGAAAGCAGGAAAAUUGUACAUAAACAAGAGCGGCUACAUUUUAUUAACAUUUUAUUUGUGCAUCAGAGGAACGAAGUUGCUGGAUUUGUGAGUUGACCAUCGCUGUAGCAGUAAUGUCCCAGUUUGGGUUUGAGAAUGACAUCCACAAUGUCCUCCGACUGGACAUGCCUAUCACAAACGCCCCGAUGGCGAGGUGGCAGAGGAAAGCCAGCACUUCCAACUCCACUAACACAAGCUCCCUCUCACCAAACAAGAGCACCAGCAGAUCAGUGAGCCUUUCCAAAACCCCCAGUAAAACACCAGGAAAGAACGGCAAGACCCAAAACACCCCCUCUAAGGCAGGAGGAGAUCGAUUCAUCCCAACGAGAAAUAACAAACAGUUGGAUGUAGCAAGUUUUCUUAUUUCCAAAGAGAACGAGCCAGUGGAAGAAACCUCAUCGUCUACAGCACCAAAUCAGAAAGCUUGGUCUGUGACCCUAAAUGGAUAUGACAUUGAGGAAGCAAAGAUCUUGCAUUUAGGAGGAAAACCACUGAAUGCCCCUGAGGGUUAUCAGAAUAACUUGAAGGUUCUCUACAGUCAGGUUCCCACACCGGUCUCAAUCAAGAAGAGCCGGUACAUUUCCUCAGUUCCAGAGCGGAUUCUAGAUGCCCCUGAUAUCAAAAAUGACUUCUAUCUGAACCUAAUGGAUUGGGGAAGGCAGAACCUGUUGGCAGUUGGCCUUGCUGACCAUGUGUAUUUGUGGGAUGCUGGUGUGGGGGACAUUGUUUUAUUGAAGAAAAUGGAGGAUGUCAAUGAAUACAUCUGUUCUGUCUCAUGGAGCAAAGAUGGCAAUUUCUUAGCCAUUGGGACCAGUGAUUGUAAAGUCGAGUUAUGGGAUGUUCAGUAUCAAAAGCGUCUCCGCAGCAUGGAUGGCCAUUCGGCAAGGGUUGGUUGCUUGAGUUGGAAUGAUCACGUUUUGUCUAGUGGCUCCAGAUCUGGUUUGAUUCAUCAGCAUGAUGUUAGAGUAGCAGACCACCACAUUUUCACCUUCGGUGGGCACACUCAGGAAGUCUGUGGCCUUACCUGGUCUCCAGAUGGGAAAUAUUUAGCUAGCGGUGGCAAUGACAAUAUGGUGUACAUUUGGCCCAUGACGUCAGGCUCAGAAUAUCAAGCCAUCCAUGCUCUAAGUGAACACCAGGGAGCGGUCAAGGCUUUGGCAUGGUGCCCUUGGCAGCCUAGCAUCCUUGCGUCAGGAGGGGGCACCAGUGACCGUCAUAUUCGCAUCUGGAAUGCCAACAGUGGCUCUUGUAUCAGUGCCUUAGAUACUUGUUCACAGAUAUCAUCUCUUGUUUUUGCACCAAAUUACAAAGAGUUGGUGUCUGGCCAUGGUUUUGCUCACGACAAGGUUAUCAUCUGGAAAUACCCCUCACUCACUAAAGUUGCAGAGCUUGAAGGACAUGAAGACAGAGUCCUCAACUUGGCACUGAGUCCAGAUGGUUCGACUAUGGCUUCUGUUGCUGCUGAUGAAACCAUUCGACUUUGGAAGAGUUUUGAAAAGGAUGCCGUCAAGAAACCAAAGCCUACCAACAGCAUCAUUCAACAACAUAUUCGAUAGUUAUGAAAUGUAAAUUUUAAUGCAUCUAACAAACAGGGAGUUGGGAGGUUUAAAGAUCUGAAGUGGUUUCCCCAAAAGUUUAUUAGAAACUUCCAUUGGUUUUAUUGCUUGGCUUUCAAAGGGCUGGGCAAUUCCAUUAACAAACACCAAGGGCGUUACGUGCUGUCGGUCACGCCUGCCACAAGCUCUACACUAAGUUUUAUUAGACACACCCUUAUUGUUUCAGAGGCACAAUGUUUUUUUUUUUUUUUUUUUUUUUUUUUUUUUUUUUUU